AUGGCGGACCGGCUGACGCGGAUCGCGAUCGUCAACGAAGACCGCUGCAAGCCCAAGAAGUGCCGCCAGGAGUGCAAGAAGAGCUGCCCCGUCGUCAAGACCGGGAAGUUGUGCAUUGAAGUUGGUCCGGCGUCCAAGGUUUCCUUCAUCUCUGAAGAGCUGUGCAUUGGUUGUGGUAUUUGUGUCAAGAAAUGCCCAUUUGAUGCCAUCGAGAUCAUCAACCUCCCAAAAGAUCUGGAAAAGGAUACCACCCAUCGCUAUGGGCCAAAUACAUUCAAAUUGCACAGGCUGCCUGUACCAAGGCCUGGUCAAGUUUUGGGACUUGUUGGAACCAAUGGAAUUGGAAAGUCCACAGCGCUUAAAGUCUUAGCUGGCAAGCUGAAACCAAAUUUGGGACGAUUCAAAAAUCCACCUGAUUGGCAGGAGAUCCUUACAUACUUCCGUGGCUCUGAACUUCAGAAUUAUUUUACACGUUUAUUGGAGGAUAACCUGAAGGCAAUCAUUAAGCCUCAGUAUGUUGACCACAUUCCAAAAGCUGUCCAUGGAAAUGUCGGGCAGGUACUUGAGCUGAAAGAUGAGAGGGAUAUGAAAGCUGAGCUGUGCGUUGACCUUGAAUUGAACCAAGUUAUUGACCGAAAUGUGGGAGAUCUUUCUGGCGGUGAGCUCCAGAGAUUUGCAAUAGCAGUUGUUGCUGUGCAAAGUGCAGAAAUUUACAUGUUUGAUGAACCAUCAAGUUAUCUUGAUGUUAAGCAGAGACUGAAGGCUGCACAAGUCAUUAGGUCCUUGCUGAGAUCGAACAGCUACGUCAUUGUUGUGGAACAUGACUUGAGCGUCUUAGAUUACUUGUCCGACUUCAUUUGCUGCUUAUAUGGAAAGCCAGGAGCUUAUGGUGUAGUUACACUGCCAUUUUCAGUCCGAGAAGGUAUCAAUAUUUUCCUGGCUGGAUUUGUUCCAACUGAAAAUCUUCGGUUCCGAGAUGAAUCUCUUACAUUUAAGAUUGUUGAUACACAAGACAACGCGGAGGAGAUUGAAACAUACCAACGAUACAAGUACCCUACCAUGAGCAAAACCCUAGCAGACUUCAAGCUCACUGUCAUGGAAGGUGAAUUCACUGAUUCUCAGAUUGUUGUGAUGCUUGGUGAGAACGGGACAGGGAAAACUACAUUCAUCAGAAUGCUGGCUGGGCACUUGAAGCCAGAUACAGUGGAUGGAGUUGAGAUCGAAAUUCCUGAAUUUAAUGUGUCCUACAAGCCCCAAAAGAUUAGCCCAAAAUUCCCGGGCUCAGUGAGGCAACUGCUUCAUAAGAAAAUACGCGAUUCAUAUACUCAUCCUCAGUUUAUAUCCGAUGUAAUGAAGCCACUACAAAUUGAGCAGCUCAUGGAUCAGGAGGUGCUGAAUUUAUCAGGUGGAGAACUCCAAAGGGUGGCUCUAUGUCUUUGCCUUGGACAGCCUGCAGAAAUCUACCUUAUUGAUGAGCCGAGUGCGUACCUCGAUUCGGAGCAGCGCAUUGUCGCCUCGAAGGUGAUCAAGAGGUUCAUCCUCCAUGCCAAGAAGACGGCGUUCAUCGUCGAGCACGACUUCAUCAUGGCAGCCUACCUUGCGGACAAGGUGGUGGUCUACGAAGGGCGCCCCUCCGUCGAGUGCACUGCCUGCACGCCGCAAUCCCUGGUGUCUGGGAUGAACAGGUUCCUAUCGGUAAGUGCAUAA